CCGGAGGGCGCGCACCUUGGUGGCGGUCAUGGAGGAAAUCGGCGCCGGCUUCCGGAAAGAGCUGGUGAGCAAGCUGCUGCACUUGCAUUUUAAAGACGACAAGACCAAAGUCAGCGGGGAUGCACUGCAGCUCACGGCCGAGCUGCUCAAGAUCUUCGUUGUGGAAGCGGCCAUCCGCAGCGUCCGGCAGGCCCAGGCAGAGGACCUGGCCCAAGUGGACGUGGAGCAGCUGGAGAAGGUGCUGCCUCAGCUGCUUCUGGACUUCUAGCGGUUUCCACCCUCACUGUGGCCAGCGGUCCAAGUCACGGCCUCUGGCUUCAGACAGGACAGGAGCUGCUGAUCCCCAAGGUUCUCCUCCAGCUCCCAGGA